AUGAAAAUCGCUCUCGUCGGCUUCGGGGAUGUCGGGCGAUACUUUUUGGAAGAGUUUUAUCGGUCACCAACGGACGAGGUGGUACUGCUAAGUCGUCGAAAACAAACCCUUCCUGAGGACUUUCAAGUGGAGCAAAGAGUCACUCAAUACACGGUGGAGGAGCUCUCCAAACAUCUCGAGGACUGCGAUGCUGUUGUCUCGACAUUGGGCGGUCCGGACGACGCAUACAUCUCCGCACACCUGGCCAUCUUGGAAACCUGCGUACGGUCUCCGAAGUGUAAACGCUUCAUUCCUUCCGAGUAUACCGUGAACGUGCGAGAUUUCCCAGAUCAACCGGUAUAUAUCCUGCGAUCUCGAAAUAUAGUCCGGGAAGCAUUACGGGCUCAGAGUACGGUCAAGUGGACAAUCGUGUGCAAUGGCUGGUUCAUGGACUACCUCCUGCCGUUGAACCAGAGGUACUUGAAGGACUUGAGCAAUGGGUGGGUGACUGACAACGAGGCGAAAGUCUUCGAGUUGUACGGAGAUGCGCUGCAGAGGGUCAGCUUGACGUCCGUUCGGGACACCGCUCGCGCGGUGUUGGAAAUCGUGCAUGACGAAGACCAUGAUUGGGAGGAAUGCUCCAUGUUCUCAUCACAGACACUGACGUAUCUCGACCUUUUUAAUUUGAUUAAGAAGCGAGACCCGUCGUGGACUGUGAGGACAGUGUCUUUGGCAUCGAUCUUGGAUACGAUCAGACACGAAACAGAUCCAGAUCUGCUCAGUCUGGCAUAUCUUAGGAUCAUGGGAUUUACCAACGCCAACUCGAUUCCCGAGUCUCAGGCGGGUAGACCGGGAGGUCCGAGGGCGUGUGGUCGAGACGUGGAGACGUUCUUGAACGAAGCCGAGUCGAACAGAGCGAAAAUUCCAUAG